AUGAAUUACAAAAGCGGAAUGAAGAGAAUUUUAAAGAUAAACGGCCCAAAUGAUUUUAAGAAGGUGCUCCUGAGACCACAUAUUACACAACACAGCCACCAGCAAUCCCCAGACACAGCUAGCAAUGAAAUAUACAAGCUACGUACCCGACUAGAUGACAUCUCCGCUAAGCUGGUCGAAUUGAAGACAGGUGGCAUUAACUGA